CUAGCUUUUGGGGAAAGGAUACAACAAGUUAGCAAUAACAUGAACUAUUCUAUCUCGAUAUUGAAUCUAUGAUUAUUCGUUUAUUCUACCUUGAUAUUGAACAGAUUGGACAUUUACAUAACAUACAGCCAAUAAAUCAUCAGCAAAACACAUGUGUGUUAUACCGAGUUUAUUGUUUCCCCAGUGAUUUAAGGCUGUCUAGGGCUGUUCAUAGUGCUGUUUUGUUGCAGAUUUAAGGCUGCCCGAGAGCUGCUGAUUUGUCAUAUCUGAGGCUAUUUAGGCUAUUUUGCUGAAAAUUUGGGGCUGACUAUUUUGAUGUUACCAUAUGAGGCUAUCCGACUAAGAUGAAAAGAUGCAACUAAAAUGCAAAUUCUAUAAGAGGCUGAAAAUUGAAGAAUCUGAUGAAGCGAAUGAUGAUUAUGUAGCGAGUGACCCAACUUUUUUAGAAGACAGGGGGAAGAGCGUUAUAGUUGCAGAGGCUAAGUAUGCUAAAGAAGGACCUGAUGUCAAGAGAACAAUUACUCAAAAACGACAAUACAAAAGAAAAAAAUCAAUAAAUGGACCAAUUGUUAUGGAGACGGAAGACAGACCAAAAAAGCAGCCGAGCUCAUUCCCUUCGCUUCCUGGACCCAAAUCAACAUCAUUGAAAACUCCCUGCCGGAUAAGAGUAAGGUCACCCACAAUCUCUCUUUCUCUUUUGAUGUGUAAGCUAAGUGAGGAUCAAAAGACUGCGAUACGGGAAAUGGGAUUCGCAUCAAUGCUAGACUUUAAUAUACAUAAAGUUCCAACAGUCAUGGGAUAUUGGGCUUUGAAGAACUUUGAUCAUGAGGCAUGCAUGUUACAGGUCAGGGAUGCGUCAUUAAAAGUCACAAAUAAAACAAUACAUGAUGUACUAGGUGUUCCCAUGGGUAGAAUCAAUGUAUUCAAUUUAAAGUACUCUAAAACGGAUCAUGCCACACGAGAAUUUAGGAAGCAAUUUCCUGGAAAGAAUAAAAUACAUUAUUUGGAUGUAAUUAAUGAGAUGGAAAUGCAGGGUAAAGGUGGUAGGCUAUUUAAAUUGAACUUUCUAGUUUUGUUUGUUACCAUCAUGGCAGAAAGUCAAGGUGGGUUGGUGAACCAAAAAUUUCUGGGGUGUAUUAGAAAUUUGGAGGAUGUGAGAAAUAUGGAUUGGUGCCAAUACAUACUUGAGUGCUUAGUGAGAACAAGAAAGGGAUGGAAUCCGAAAAGCCACUACAAUGGCCCACUGGCCUUUUUGGUUGUUUUCUAUGCACAUUCAAUCAAUUCAAAAGAUAUGGGGAAGGAGACAUUGGUUCCUAUAAUCAAGACGUGGACAUCAGGUAUGUUGAUGAAACUAGAAGAGAAGGAGUUCAAUAUUGGGCGCAUUGAGGAGUCGGCAAUCCAGAAAUGGAUUGUCAUCGAAUCAGACGAUGAUGUACCAGUAAAAGACAGAAUGACAAGCUCGAAGAGAAAGUUGAGAAAAAACGACACAUUAGAAUCAUGUAGUACACAAGUUUUCGAAGAUGGAAACAACCACAAAGAAGCUCCAGAAAAUGUUUCUGACGUGGAAAAUGCUUCAUACCAUUUUGACUCGUAUCAGCAGUCUCCACCGCCCACCGCACAAGCAACAUCAUCACAACCGUUGUCACCAGUAGCUCCUCUGGCCAAGGUUUCGUGUCUUCCUCAGACUGACUCGGAUACGCUGCCGGUUUCAUCUCCUCAAUUUGGCUCAAUUUGUGUCCAAGGCUACAAUGUGAAACGGAGUGUUGCGCCCAUUCUUGAAGCCAUCUUCAAGAAACAUGGCGACAUUGCUGCUAAAUGCCAAUUCAAAACAGCUUCCGUGAGGUCAAAUUUCCUUGAGGUUGUUUGUGAAGUUGUGACAAAAAUUGAAGCGGAUGAUGUAAUUGAGAAACUGGAAGAAUUAGAGGGCCAGGUUUCAGAUGCAGAGGCGGCCAACAUCAAUGUGUCAUGGCUUAGAUCUCACUUGGAAGCCCUUCACAAAAGGAAGGGAGCCAUGAAACUUAUGGAAAUGAAUGCAAACACCAUUUUGGUUCAAAGUGCUGCGAUGAUGGAUCUUAAAGAGAUAAGUGAAGAGCUCAUGACUGUCCAAGAACGUUUUGAAAAGGCUGAAAGGUGCGUGAGAGUACUCCAUCUUGUUAGAAAGAAUAUAGAAAACACUAUCUCGGAAAGAAAGGCUGAAACCGACUCGUGGGUAAAACGACGAAUUUUAUAAGGCUAUUUAAAUCCUGCUAGUUGUGUAAUCAAAUCUAUGAUUGGCAGGACACACCUACAUCCCCUAUUCUUUCUAAAUCUAUGCGUUAGAUCUUUUUGUUGGAAGACGGACUAAGUUUUAUGUGUUAGAUCUUUUUUAGAUUAUUCUAAUUUAUGUGCUAAAGAUCUCAAGAUCAA